AUGUACGGGUCCGAGACUGUCACCGACUUAGAGCGCACAGCUUUUAGGAAAGCAGAGAAGAAAUACAAGCUCUAUUACGAUCAAACUAAAAAGAAAAAGCAACCAAGACCUGUAGAUUUGUCGGAAGUUAUUGACUUCAAGUCCAUUCUGGAGUCCCAUAAUCGAAAAGAUGAACUUCCUCCUCAAGUUUCCGCACUUGAAUCUGAUUUUGAACAGCCUGUUUUUUGCUUGAAAAAACGCCCUGGUUUUUAUUUUAUUCCUGGGGCAUUGAGCAUUGAAGAACAAUGUCAAUGGCUUAGGGAGAGCUUAAAAAGCUUCCCACAGCCUCCCAAUAGGACAAAUCAUAAUGCUAUUUAUGGGCCAAUACAAGACUUAUUCGUUGCUGCCAAAGAAGGAAAAGUUUUAGUUGAGGAAGAGAGUUCAUCAAGAAAUUUGGAUUCCAAUACUAAUUAUAUUCUCGGCAACAUAAAUAUUCCUAGGUGGAAAUUUGUUGAGGAGCGUGGUGCAUCAACGGGAGGAGAUACACGCAAAUCAGAGUUGGCUUCUAUUUUGCUGCGGAAGUUGCGGUGGUCGACCCUUGGCCUGCAAUUUGAUUGGUCCAAGCGGAGCUAUGAUGUUUCUCUCCCACACAAUAAGAUCCCUGAUGCACUUUCUCAACUGGCAAAAAAGAUGGCAGCACCUGCAAUGCCACUGGGCGAAGAAUUCUGGCCCGAAGCUGCAAUAGUUAAUUACUUUGGAUUAGGGGAUAUGCUUGGUGGCCACCUUGAUGACAUGGAAGCAGAUUGGAGUAAACCUAUAGUAAGCAUGAGUUUGGGCUGCAAAGCUAUUUUCCUUCUCGGAGGGAAGUCGAGAGAGGAUCCACCAACAGCAAUGUUCCUUCGAAGUGGUGAUGUUGUACUUAUGGCAGGAGAAGCAAGGGAGUGCUUUCAUGGUGUGCCCCGGAUCUUUACUGAUGAAGAGAAUGCUGAAAUAACCCCUCUUGAAUUGCGGUUCUCAGAUGCAGAUGGUCUUUAUUAUCUUGAAUACAUUAAAUCUUCGAGAGUUAACAUCAAUAUCAGACAAGUUUUCUAA